AAAAAAUCUUAUUCUGCAUGGUGUCAAGAAUGUGGAACUACUUAUUUUGAAAAUAAUUUUAUUAAUUGGACUAGUGGAAAUCAAAAAAUUGAUGAGAUUAUAAAAGUAACACAGAUGAAUUCAAAAAUUGCAAUUGACUUUGUGGAAUGGAUUCCAUAUGAACAGUUUGAAAAUAUAGAAAAGAUUUGUCAGGGUGGAUUUGGAACUAUUUAUAGUGCAUUUUGGAUACAAGGACCACUUUAUAUGUUUACAAAUGAAUUUAAAAGAAUUGGAAAAAUUCAUGUUGCACUAAAAAGUGGAAUUUCACCAGAAAAUUUGAAGGAGCUUCAUAUGCAUAUAAAAGGCAGUACAACUUUUUACUCAACUAGAAUUGGGUAUGAAACUAAAAUGUCACCAAUCCUUCGCUGUUAUGGUCUUACUAAAUGUCCUACUACUGAGGAAUAUAUGCUCGUAAUACAAUUUGCAAAUGAUAGUGAUUUGCUAAAAUAUUUGUCCAAAAAUUUUAAUCAGAUGAAAUGGCUUGAAGAUAAAUUGCCAAUUCUUGCUAAUAUUGCAAAUGGCCUGAAAAUUAUUCAUAAGGAAGGUUUAAUUCAUCGUGAUCUACAUUGUGGAAAUAUUUUAAUUAAUAAUGGCACAGCUU